AUGGCUUGGGCAAUCUGCGCCUCGGACGGUCAUUAUUACUAUCUCAGUCUGGUCAUGUACCACAAAUUGCACCAUUUCUACCGCCCCGUCGAGGGUUUCGUGAUCGACCUUUUGGCCCAGACAGCAUUUACGACGCAAUCUCCACCUGCUGCGGUAUCGCGUCUUACAUCGCAAAGCCUGUUGCAUCCGGGCGGAAAUUAUUACGCUCUGGUCAUCCAUCGAGAGAGGAGCAGAAUGACCUAUGCUGCUCGUUCCGUUUACGAACAACCAAGACAGGCAAGGUUCGAAAAAUUGUUUCACGUUGCUGUCGGUCUUGCGCUCGAUUUGAAUUUCUUCCGGAGAAUUCUAGACUUCAGCUCGGCGUCUCCUUUGCAACCCACCUUUUCACUAUCAACGUUUCACUUGGACACCACGUAUGUUGGCGCCAAUGAGUCCUGGAGUCACGAGAGAGCAGACUCGUAUCCCCAAGUCUUCACCAGAAAUCACCCCUCCAGCUCGCGCUCACUGCCAGUAGCUCCUUUCAGGGUUCUGGAUGCUCCAAAUCUUCGAAAUGACUUCUACUGUUCUACUCUUGCUUAUUCCCAAAGUUUCCAAACUCUUGCGAAAAGGGCGACAAGGGAGUUUUUGCAGCUGGACGAUCAGAUUGCUCAGUCGUUGUCAUGUCGCUCGCGGAGGCGGCGCCACGCUUCGAAAUACAGCAACCCCAUGCGGUCUCUUGCCUAA